AUGAUGUGCAACGCGACGUGCCUCGAGGAUUCCUUGCCGUUUGUGGUGCUCGUGGUGGACGACAACCCGAUCAAUCGCAAGGUGCUCACCAUUCCGCUUCGCAAGCAGGGCAUCCAGGUCGUCGAGGCCGAAAACGGUCUUGAAGCGGUACAACGAUAUGCGCAAAUUCGACCGGCGCUCGUUCUUAUGGAUAUUUCUAUGCCCAUCAUGGACGGCUUUGAAGCGACACGACAAAUCCGCAUGCACGAGCAGGCGCAGUCGACCAGCUCAUCCGAUUUUGUCGCUGCAGGAGCGCUGGACGAGAUGAUCAACAUGGUCUUGACACACCAGAGGGCGCGCAUCGUAGCAGCGACAACGCAUUCGGCUGAUCGAGACUUUGACGAGGGCAAACAGGCGGGGAUGGACGAUUGGCUACUCAAACCAAUUCGACCUAGCGUGCUGGUGCAAGACAUUCUCGAAUACAGAAGGAACCAUCUGCAAGAGUUUAUGGCCACCUUGGGCGCUCUUGGCGUCGCAGGGAUUGGCGUAGCGGCGGGCGAGACCGCAGUUGAGACGGUCAUGGAACAGGCCGCAACUCCCACCGCGACGGCCGCUGCGACCAUCGCUGCAUAG